AUGGAAUGUCUAGAAAAGGCACUAAAAGUUAAUAAAGCAUUUUCCUCUUCUAAAAGGAACCCAAUUGAUAGGCUAAGAAUAGAGUCUACAAGCCCCUCAAAGGUAGGCAUCCCUGCUGUUCAGAAAGUUCAAGGCCAAGCCCAUAAGCUCAGGCCAACAAAGGAUGCCACAAACUCAAAUGACCUACAGGCCAAAACAAGGGCCAGCUGGAAGAGGAGAGCAAGGGAUAAAAGUAACAACAAUGCCCUAAUAGGCCAAGAGAGGGGUAAAGCAAGAGGGUCUACAAGGAACAAAAGAGCCUCCAGUGCAGGCUGUGAUAAGCUGCUGGUUAAGAGAGCAAAACUAGAAGGCCUUAGUGGAGGUAUAGCUUUCUUAUGGAAGGAUGACAUUAAGGCAAAAGUCACCUCAUAUACUCAAAAGCACAUCUCUUUACUAGUUAAGGCCAUCAAGCAGGGAAUGGACUGGCAAUUAACUGGGUUUCAUGGCAACCCUGUUACAGUUAAGAGGAAGGAUAGCCAGCAGUUACUCAGAGCAAUCAAGCCUAUUCCUACCUUGGGAUGGAUGUGUGUAGGGGAUUUUAAUAAGAUAAUGAGCUUUGGAGAGAAAUGGGGUGGACCUAUGAGACCAUAUAGUCAAAUUAAGGCCUUUAGUGCAGCUGUGGAGGAAUGUGGACUUGCUGAUUUGGGCUAUACUGGAAACAAAUACACUUGGUCAAAUGGAAGGCUUGGAGGGGCUUUCACUAAAGACAGACUUGAUAGGGCUUUUUGCAAUGAAAUUAGGGCUAAACUCUACCCCUACUUGAGAGUUUAUACCCUACCAGCCUUGAGCUCAGACCGCUACCCUUUAUUUAUCACCUUGGAUGUCAAGGACCCUUACAAGUUUAGGAAGCACAAACCUUUUCGAUUUGAAGCAAGCUGGUCUUUAAGAGAGGAGUGCCAUUUACAGAUAGAGGAGGUAUGGAAGCAGCCUAGAAUGGGAGAAAAUAUGUUGAGCACUAUAACUGAGGGACUCACCAAAUGCAAACAAAAGCUACUACAGUGGAGCAAGGCCUUCAUUGACGCUUCCAAACAUACCCUAAAUGAGCAACUAUCUCACCUCUCUAAACUACAAAAAAAGAACAAAUAUCAUCUCAAUGAAGUGAUUAAGAAAGUACAAAAGUCAAUUAAUAGCCUACUUGAAGAAGAUAAUCUCAGGUGGAAGCAAAGAACAAAACAAAGAUGGCUUAAUAAGGGUGAUAAAAACACAGUUUUUUCAUCAAUGUGCAUCCCAAAGAAGAAAGACCAACUGCAUAAGGAAGUUGGUGGAUGGAAACGGUCAGCAAGAAGUAGAAGAGGCUCUCUUUCAAAUUUUGGCCUUAGUUCCCCAGGCCCAAAUGGGUUCCCUGCUGCCUUCUAUCAAAAACAUUGGUCUACCAUUGGCCCUCAGGUUAGUAGUGCAGUCUUAUUUGCUCUGAAUUCAAGUGGUAAUCUUGCUUCCAUCAACAAUACCUUCAUAACCUUAGUUCCAAAGAAAAAGGACCCUACAAAAGUCACUGAUUUUAGACCAAUCUCCCUUUGUAAUGUUUUGUAUAAACUUGUGUCUAAAGUAGUGGCUAAUAGGUUAAAGAGAACACUGCCACAACUCAUCUCCUAUAACCAGUCUACCUUUGUUCCAAAUAGACUUAUCACUGAUAAUGUUAUAAAGGCUUUCGAAGCAUUGCAUUCUAUGGCUUGUAAAAUGAUAAGGAAGGAGGGAUACAUGGCUCUAAAGCUUCAUAUGAGCAAGGCCUACGACAAAAUAGAAUGGAGUUUCCUCAUAGCAGUGACGCACAAGAUGGGUUUCAAUUCUCAUUGGGUGGAGUUGGUUAUGAAAUGCAUUGAGUCAGUUUCAUACUCAAUUCUAGUGAAUGGCUCCCCUCAAGAAGUUUCCAUCCUACUAGAGGGUUAA